AUGGCAGACCCUCCAGACGAAGAAGUGCGAGAACGCCUGAAAGCAGCCCUGUGGUUCGCCAUCGGGAAUAUGGUGGACGAGGAGUCGCUUCGGCGGAACCGCAACGCGACGCCGCAGUUCAUCGCAGCUCUGACGGAGAUGGUCUGGGCACAGAUUGAGAACGUCGCCGUUGAUUUGGAGAGCUUCAGCCAGCAUGCUGGCCGUACGACGGUCACGACCGACGACGUGCUCUUACUAGCGCGGCGGAACUCGGACCUCCACGCCAUAAUCAAAGACUGUGUCGACCGCCAGAAAGCUACAAAGGCCAAAGGGAAGGCUAAGCGUUGA